ACCAGUGAAUGAACUGAGUCAAGCACAAGCUGUUGAAAUCGUAAAUGCCUCUCUCCGCCGAUCUUUAUCACCCAGAGCAACCAGACAGACACCGACGCCAUUGCAGUGCACAGGAGAACCCUACCCUGGGUGAAGCUACAUCAAUAGAGCAUGCUACGUAAGGAAUAUACCUUCUCUUCAACAAAACAACAGACUCCACUGAACUGAGAGUCUGUUUUUCCAUUCAAUUCUCCCCAGAAUUAUUCUAUUUUCUCAUUCUAGGACAGCAUUGCUCCUCUCCUCAGCGACUACCCUCGAAGCAGACACUCCCACAACACACCAGGACACCCCAGUCUGACCAAACAAAAGUUGUGGAAACCUAUCAACUUUGGAGAGAAGCCUAUCUUUACGGCCGGAUAUACGGUGGCCUUCCAGUGCAGAGAGAGAGUGACAUUUGGGGAGAGAAAGAGGGGAUUUGGGGAUUUUUCUCUCUUCUGGUGGGUCUGUGAAAGUCUGUCAAGACGCCGCGUGCCGUGCUCCGCGUGAAGAAUGCCCAGGCGAGGAUGGCCAAGCCGGCUGAGCCAGCACCAACACCUGGGCUCUACAUGGAGCGCUCGCAGAGUCGGAUCAGCCUGUCGGCCUCCUUCGAGGCCCUGGCCAUCUACUUCCCCUGUAUGAACUCUUUUGAUGAGGACGAUGUCGAUGCUGAGGGUAGAAGGCUAAAGGGGAUCCAGAGGAGCACUGAGACGGGACUGGCUGUAGAGAUGCCCAGCCGCACUGUACGCCAAGCCAGCCACGAGUCCAUUGAAGACAGCAUGAACAGCUACGGCUCAGAGGGCAAUCUAAAUUACAGUGGGAUGUGCCUUGCCUCUGACGCCCAAUUCAGUGACUUCCUAGAUGGGAUGGGCCCUGCACAGUUUGUUGGGCGACAGACAUUAGCCACAACAUCAUUGGGUGAUGUUGAAAUAGGCCUGCUGGAGAGAAAUGGUGGUUUGGAGGUGGAGAUUGUGCAGGCUAGAGGACUCACACAGAAACCUGGAUCCAAAGGACCUCCAGCGGCUUACAUUAAAGUGUACCUACUUGAAAAGGGGAUCUGUGUUGCAAAAAAGAAGACAAAGUCGGUUAGGAAAUCCCUGGACCCUCUGUAUAACCAAGUGCUGGUGUUCUCGGAGAGUCCACAGGCGAAAGUCGUUCAGGUGAUUGUUUGGGGAAACUACGGACGCAUGGAUCGUAAAUGCUUCAUGGGUGUCGCCCGCAUCUUAUUGGAGGAGCUGGAUUUGACGAGCAUGGUGAUUGGCUGGUACAAGCUUUUCCCCACCUCGUCCAUGGUGGACCCCACGAUGGCACCAUUGAUCCGGCACUCUUCCCAACUGUCCUUGGAGAGCACCGUGGGCCCAUCCUUUGAGCGCUCUUAAGAACUUUGCUAACAGGCUCUUUUUUGAACACACCCUUCCCUUUGUGUGCCCCCCAAAAGAAAUGCACUACCCCUUCAGAGGGACAUAUAUUGACCGUAGUGUACUGCUCUGAGAUGGUUAGUGACACUGGCCUUGCACUGUUUUUCAGAAAUAAUUUCUUUUAAACAGCAGAAAAAGGGGGCACCAAAGUUCUAGAAAGACUUUGAGAAUAGGAUUUCCUUAUUCUUACUCUUGACUUGGGCUGUUUUUUUUACAUGGCCCCAGAUAAUAUGUCAAUGCAUGUCAUGGGAGCAAGAGAGAGGUUUGCAACCCUCCUCUGGGGAUGUUUCAUUCCUGUGUUCUGGUGGUAGCCAUUGGGUCUGAAGCUGAAGGUUGCAACACAGAGGGGAAUGUGCAAUAUCAUGGUUAUAAUGUAGCUGGUACAGAAGCAAAUAAGCCAACACAAGUUCUAGACAUCUACCACCAAGGAAAGCAGAUUCUCUCUACAAUUAAAUAAAGAGCUGAGAAUUCAAAUUUAAAUUGAGCUUAAGUGUUGUUUGAAUAGAUUUAAGAUUGUCUUUGAAGCUUGUCUAAUAUUUUAACAGUUUCAACUGUGCCAAUUUACCAGUAAGUGUCUUGACUUUGUGGCUUGUGCCAUUGUUCAAAAGGGUAAUUUUGGAAAGGAAACAUCUGAUUACAGCUCGUGACAGGGGCACUGAAGAUUCAGUUAGAGCUGUCCUUUUUUAAAUUACAAUGAUCAUUAUGACACUGUCAAAGCAGGUAGUGAUUAACACAACUCCACAAGUGAAGCAGUGAGGAAAGCUUGAAAUAUAUUUUUACAUCAUCUACAAAGGUCUGAGAGGAAAUAUGACAGAUAUAUAAUUAAAUCAAAGGAAUUUACAGAAAAUUGUAGAGCUGUAGGGUAAUGAAAAUAACAUGCAUUUUAUUUGGCUGCUUUAUUAUAGAUGUUUUUCUAUGAAUGUUAGUCUUGAGUGAGCCAAAGUGUGUUUUCUGAUUUAUUUGAUUCAUGUUCAAAGGGCAGAGACGCAGAACUUGGUAGCAUAGUAAGGUUGUAGCAUUAGGUGGUAGCAUCUGCAUGACAGAAUACCGUAUUGGAAACAACACAAGUUGGUUAAAACUCAAUUGUAAAUUGAUUGAGGAGCUAAACGACAAAACACACACAGUGCCAACGAACAGUUAAAAGUGGUUCAACAUGUAGAAUGGUCGGGAAAUAAACAGAAGAUUAUGGCCAAUGUUCUGGUCAGAGGGGAUAGGCUUUUAACCAUUCACUGGAACAUUGUGUAUUGUCCUUAACAUGUAGCAGUUAAGUUCAGAUUUAUGAAGAUUAUUGCAAUUCUGACUUAUGUGCUACUGUUGAAAACAGAAUAGCUGUAUUAACUAUUAAGAAGUGUAUUUGGUCCGAUUAAGUACUUACACAGAACACCUGGGUCUAGCUAGAAUGAGCCUACAUGUUGUGUAUAAUGUAUUAAGUCAAAUUUUUAUUAAAUGUAAAAAAAUAAAAAAUAAUAUGGAGACAACAUUUUGAAAAUGCUGAAUUAACUUGAAGACUAAAUUCAAGUCUUAAGAUGAACAUUAAAUUGUAGGCACAGCAUCAAAGUGAUAAAGAUAAGAGCUCACUAGAGCAGGUAGCACUGGUACAGGAAUAUGAUACCAAGACUUACUGUUUUGAAACAUGUAUUUUUCCAACCAAUAUCUUCAUUUUGUAAAGCAAUAAGUAGCAGCACCCAUCCACAACAAUCCACAACAAACCUCCAUGUUAUGUCCCUCGAAGUGUGAUGUAUAAGGCUAAAACUAUUAUUAAGCUAAUACAACCUGUAAGUAAUUUAUAUGCAAUCCAGUGUAGACAAUAAGUGUGUAAAGUAUGUAUGUACUGUAUGUAUGUAUGUAUGUAUGUAUGUAUGUAUGUAUGUAUGUAUGUAUGUAUGUAUGUAUGUAUGUAUGUAUGUAUGUAUGUAUGUAUGUAUGUAUGUAUGUAUGUAUGUAUGUAUGUAUGUAUGUAUGUAUGUAUGCAUGCAUUUGUGUGAGUGAGUGUAUAAGUGUAUGCAUGUGUUUGAACUGACAAAUGCUACAUCAUUAGGGUGGCCCAAUAGGACAAGAGGACAAAAUUAAACAGAGUUGGUGAUAUGUUGAGAAACAGUUUCACUCAUAGUCUGACCAGAAAACUCAUUUACCACAUUGUACCAAGUUUACAAUCAAACAAGAAAACAUUUGGAUUGAACCUUUACUAGCCUGAACAUAUUAUAUAGAAGAGACAUGAAAAGAAAGACGCCAUAUUAUUAAAGAAUAUUGGAAAAACUAGUUAUGGAUUUAAAAGAUUUGUAAAAAAGUGCAUUGUACUGUACGAUUUGCAUUGUACUGAAAAAAAGUGCAUUGUACUGUAUUUUGUACAUUUCACACAUGAAAAAAUGUAUAGAUCAAAUCAAUCUACUUAUCUUAAAUGGAAUGUUUUUGUAUUUUUUAUUUCUUUGUGCCAAAAUAUUUUCUUUUUAUAUGUAAAACAAACCUUUGGGGAAAAAUCUAUGUUUUCAAAAAUAACUGAUAUUAUUUAGUACCAUGUCAACUGAAAGAUACACAUGGCAUUAAAUAAUCUCCAUUUUAAAACUGAAGUCAUUUUCCAAUCAAAAACUGAUGGAAGGUUUUAGUUUGAGGAAUAACCUUUAUCAAUUAAAGACAAUAGCUUCCAGGCUUCUGUUCCUUAUACCAUUACUUUCAAAAUCAAUUUAAAGUAGCUAUAUGAAAAAUUAAGAAAAUAAAAUAAUAUUGACAUUGCAUGGUUGUCAUUCACCUACUUUAGUACUUCGGUGUACCAUUUUGGAUUUCCAAAUGGAAUGGAACAUGGUUUAUUGUAAAAUUCACCAACUGUGAUAUAAUAAAAAAUAAAUGUUAUGAUUGAAUGAAAAACAUUGGUAUUGUAGGAAAUGUUUGAAGAAUGCUCAAAAUAUUAACGUUGUAACUACUUACAAGUGCAACCCGAUUUCAAAUUUAACUUGUGGUUGUCUCAUAUACUGUAUCUCAGCCAUAGAGGUAUGAUAUCACCUAUCCAACAGUUUAAUUCAUGAGUCUGAUGCAGUGGUGUGUGACUUUGAGUUUGUUGUAAUGAGAUGUUUCAAUAUGGUUAAUUGGUGAAGAAUGUCAAAAACACAAAAAAUGUGCUAUCAUCAGAAUCCUUAUCCCUUUUGUUUUACUCGUAUCUGUCAUGCACAUCUAAAUUCAUUACCAUCAAUUGUGAUGCAAGUAGAGGCCUUAAAAACACAAGAAUCAUACCAGAUGACUUAACAAUCCUAAAAUGUAAUUCAAGGGGUAAAAAAGUGUCAAAAUGUGAACAGUUUUUUUUCUCUUUGAUGUCUCAACCUAUUUUGAAUCCAAUUUUGUCCAAUGCUUAUUUUGUCACAGUUUCAUUUGCCCCAUGCUCUGUUGCUUUGCGGGUUUGGGUAUUUAAAAGAGGAAAGCACUGUUUUAUGUUCGUAAAAUACAUGGGGGUGUUUCAACUACACCCGGAGCAUAUCAUUUUCUUGUGCAGAGGUGUGGGAUGAAAUGGGGAACACAUCCUUUCUGAUGCUGUUAAGCAUGUGGAUCCUUGGUUUAUUCACCUUAAUUUAUAACAUGAAUAUUUGAAAUUCUUUCAAACUAAUUGUUGAGCAAUGCACAAUUUGGUGAAUUAUUAUUCUAUUCCAACUGUCAAUAAAAUAGUUUACUCCUA